AGAUGAAAGGAGGAAACGUUCACUGCCAAACCACACCUGAGCAGCUCCGCGGGCAGAAAUGGCUCCAGGGUCAUGGUUUUCUCCUCUCUUCAUCGCUGUGAUCACGCUGGGACUGCAGUGGCCGCAGGAAGCUGCCACCUUCCCGGCCAUGCCCCUUGCCAACUUGUUUGCCAACGCCGUGCUGAGGGCUCAGCACCUUCACCUCCUGGCUGCUGAGACGUACAAGGAGUUCGAACGCACCUAUAUUCCAGAGGACCAAAGACACACCAAGAAUUCCCAGGCAGCAUUUUGUUACUCGGAAACCAUCCCUGCUCCCACGGGGAAGGAUGAUGCCCAGCAAAAAUCAGAUAUGGAGCUUCUUCGGUUUUCACUGGUUCUCAUCCAGUCCUGGCUGACCCCGGUGCAAUACCUAAGCAAGGUGUUCACAAACAACCUGGUUUUUGGAACUUCAGACAGGGUGUAUGAAAAACUAAAGGACCUGGAAGAAGGGAUCCAAGCGCUGAUGAGGGAGCUGGAGGACCGAAGCCCGCGGGGUCUCCAGAUCCUCAAACCCACCUACGACAAAUUCGACAUCCACCUGCGCAGCGAGGACGCCCUGCUGAAGAACUACAGCUUGCUCUCCUGCUUCAAGAAGGACCUGCACAAGGUGGAGACCUACCUGAAGGUGAUGAAGUGCCGGCGCUACGGAGAAGGAAACUGCAUCGUUUGACGCCGGACACGGCUCCCCUCC